GGCGAGAAAUUGGACUUUUGAUGAUGUUUGACCCAGUGGCAGCAAUAGCGGGCAACGUGAUUUCAAAGCUGGGCUCAGCCUCUGCUGUGUCUGUCUUGUAAUCACCAAGCUCAUUUUGGACCAGGAAUUCCAAUCAUGUCUGUGAUGAUGGUAAGAAAAAAGGUGACAAGAAAAUGGGAGAAACUCCCCGGCAGGAACACCUUUUGCUGUGAUGGCCGCAUCAUGAUGGCCCGACAAAAGGGCAUCUUCUACCUGACUCUCUUCCUCAUCCUGGGGACAUGUACACUCUUCUUCGCCUUUGAAUGCCGCUACCUGGCUGUUCAGCUGUCUCCUGCCAUCCCCGUGUUUGCAGCCUUGCUCUUCCUUUUCUCCAUGGCUACAUUGUUGAGGACCAGCUUUAGUGACCCUGGAGUGAUUCCUCGGGCUCUACCAGAUGAAGCAGCCUUCAUAGAAAUGGAGAUAGAAGCUGCCAAUGGUGCAGUACCUCAGGGUCAGCGACCACCUCCUCGUAUUAAGAAUUUCCAGAUAAACAACCAGAUUGUGAAACUGAAAUACUGUUAUACGUGUAAGAUCUUCCGGCCUCCCCGGGCCUCCCAUUGCAGCAUCUGUGAUAACUGUGUGGAGCGCUUCGACCAUCACUGCCCCUGGGUGGGGAAUUGUGUUGGAAAGAGGAACUACCGCUACUUCUACCUCUUCAUCCUUUCUCUGUCCCUUCUCACAAUCUAUGUCUUCGCUUUCAACAUCGUCUACGUGGCCCUCAAAUCUUUGAAAAUUGGCUUCCUGGAGACGUUGAAAGAAACUCCUGGCACUGUUCUAGAAGUACUCAUUUGCUUCUUCACACUCUGGUCUGUUGUGGGACUGACUGGAUUUCAUACUUUCCUCGUGGCUCUCAACCAGACAACCAAUGAAGAUAUCAAAGGUUCAUGGACAGGGAAGAAUCGUGUCCAGAAUCCCUACAGCCAUGGCAACAUUAUGACGAACUGCUGUGAAGUGCUGUGUGGCCCCUUGCCCCCCAGUGUUCUGGAUCGAAGAGGUAUUUUGCCACUGGAGGAAAGUGGAAGUCGGCCUCCCAGUACUCAAGAGACCAGUAGCAGCGUCUUGCCACAGAGCCCAGUCCCAACAGAACACCUGAGUGCAAAUGAAAUGCCGGAGGAAGCCAACACUCCUGAAGGGAUGCCACCCCCAGAACCCCCAGAGCCACCACAGGAGGUGGCUGAAACUGAGAAGUAGCCUAUCUAUGGAAGAGACUUUUGUUUGUGUUUAAUUAGGGCUAUGAGAGAUUUGAGGGGAGAAGAUAAACCUGAGACAGAGAGCAAGUAAGCUGUCCCAUUUAUUAUUUUUCUUUGGCCUUUAUCCACCCAAUUGCACACUGGCAUUUUCUUGUUUGCAAGCUUUUUUUUUUCUUUUUUCCCUGGACUCAAGACAGUAGCAGAAGAUGUCAUUCACCUCUGGUAACUGGACAAAUGGGUCUCUUGGGCCCUGGCACUGGUUUUCUACGGCCUUAGCCAUGAACUUCUUUGGACUUCCCUCUCUUCCUUCUAAAUUCCAGCUCUCCUGUUUGGGGUCAUUGAUCUAAUUCAGGGGUUAAAGUUUCUUGAGAUUGGCCAAAAUCCUUUCAAGCUGCUGCAUGUCAUGAGUCCAGAGGCAAUCACUGAGACCUCUGGCCAGGAAAUCUGAAUUAGGUUCUUGAGGCCUCCAGAACUGAAGAGGAUGGAAGAGUGGGAUUGGAGGAGUUUCCUAGCUACUUAUGUGCCAAUAUUGCCAGCUAAUCCUUUGAAGAAUGGGGCAGGCACCUUCUAAUGGUUGUAUUUAUUCAUGGAGCUGCUCCUUUGUCCCCUCUCCACUCUUUAACACCCAAGUUCCUCUGUUUUCAAUUAGAUAUAUGUAAGUAAUUACAGUAGCGAUAACAAUUUACAUUUCUCAUAGAAGACUUGGAAACUUUUUUUAAAAAAAUUCUUGUGCCAUUCUCAAUAAGAACUUAUAAGAUGCCAAUGUCAUAGCCAGUAAUGCUCUCUGUCUCAUCCCUCCUCAUUUCUCAUUAGCCCUUUUUAAUUUUUUUCCUUUUGACUCUUGCUCCCAUUAGGAGCAGUAAUGGCAGUAAUAAAAGUCUGCACUUUGUUGGUUACUUUUCCUCAGAGGAUGUCCGAGUGCUCACUUAAACACUACCCCCUCAGACUCCUUGUGUGAGGCCUCAGAGGCCCAGAAUGCACAAAUGGGGAAACCAAGGCACAGAGAGGCUCUCCUCUCCUCUCCCCCUAUGUCCCGUCAA